AUGUUUAAAUGGAUCUGUGAAAUUACCUCUCCUCGCAGUUCUUCUUUCGAAGAUGGUAGGAAGGAUUUAUCUGACCAAGACGACACGAUGAUGGCUUCAUUGGUAAUAAGUCAAAUCGAAGCAUAUGUAACUGAAUUCGAAACUCAAAAGGAAAUCAGAAAGUCAGAAGAAAACUUACAAAAUAAGGUUCCUGAUUAUAGCUGGUUGAUCUCUUCUGGAUGUGAUGCCAAGCCUAAAAAACAUCUGACCCUAUCGGAGAGGACACGCCUAGAUAGAGCAUGCGAUCGAGUGAAACCAUCUGAAUGGUCUCAAAUUAUGAGUUUGUACCAUGAUAAACUGAAGAACCAAACGGAUAGAGACACCAUAAUUGGAAACUUCAUUGAGAUAGUUCAUCAAACAGUAAUCAGCAGACCUCGUCAUCCACCCACGAUUAAUGAUGCUUUUAACAAAUAUGUGCGGAGUAACUCUGCUUUGUCAAAAGUUUCCGACUCCUACGAUGCUGUUGGUUCGACUAGAUCAAUGGGGAGUAUCACUUUCCGUGAUAUUAAUGAUAUUGUUUGA